GGUCCAUGCAGGCCGGAAAUCGCAACACGGUGAGCGCUGCGUUCGUCAAACAAACUCAAAUAGCUACAUGGUAGUUGUAAUUUGUUGUUAUCACCCACUGCAGAGAGAUAGUAAGUAAUAGAAAACGGCAAUGUGUAUAAAAUCAAUGCGGUAGUAAGUGUCUGUAAUUGAUAGGGAAAGUCAAAUUUAACAGAUUAAUAUGUAUCGUGGUCGGCCUCCACCUCGAGGAGGGUAUCCUCCGCCGUACGAGGGCCGUGGUCCCCCGCCUGGCCGGCCGUAUCCUCGGCCUCCGUUUAGAGAAGAAAGAGGCAGGCCUAGACCGCCGUUUGAGAGUUACCAUGACGGUCCACCUCCAGACCCGUACAGGCGUUCUCCACCGCGUAGGAGGUAUCCUUCAGCCGGUUCAGGAAGUCGCAGAGGACCAGGCGGUGAAUACUGGGGCAGCGGCCCUCCCCAAAGAGAAAGAUCUCCAUCUCCUCCCCGUGGUGGCAUCCCCACUGACCACAAUCUGGUAAUCACUGUGGGCAAUGAGUUGACUGGACCACCUGGGGUAGGGCUACCCUCAAGAGACUACCCUCCUUACCUGCCAAAGAGGUCCAGUUAUGACGGCCCUGAUGACCGUGGCCCCAGGCGGCAGAGUCCCAGCAGGGGGAGAAGCCGUCCUCGUAGUCGCAGCCCGGGAAUUGGGGGACGGAGCAAGAGCCGUGCUCGAAGUCGCAGCCCUGCAAUGGGGGGAAGGAGUAAAAGCCGUGCUCGAAGUCGCAGCCCUGCAAUGGGGGGAAGGAGUAAAAGCCGUGCUCGAAGUCGCAGCCCUGCAAUGGGGGGAAGGAGUAAAAGCCGUGCUCGAAGUCGCAGCCCUGCAAUGGGGGGAAGGAGUAAAAGCCGUGCUCGAAGCCGCAGUCCUGCAAUGAGGGGACGGAGCAAAAGCCGUGCUCGAAGCCGCAGCCCUGAAAUGAGGGGACGGAGCAAAAGCCGGGCCCGAAGUCGCAGCCCUGAAAUGAGGGGACGGAGCAAAAGCCGGGCCCGAAGCAAAAGCCCUGAAAUGGGAGGGCGGAGCAAGAGUCGUCCGCCAUGCAGGUCCCGAAGCAGGAGCGGGAGUCGUGGCCAGAGCUAUGGUCGGGCCCGCAGUAUGAGCAGAGCACAGAGCAGAGCAAAGAGUGUUGGUCAACGCAGGAGCCGCAGUAUCAGUACUAGUAGCACCAGCAGUAGCAGGAGCAGCAGGGGAGAUGAUGAUAAGAUAAAGAAGACGAGCGGGUUCAAGGAGCUGGAGUUGGCCCGUCGCCGCAAAGAGAUGGAAGACAUACUGAAUAUUCCCACAAAGUCCAUCCUGAAGAGGCGCAUGGACUCUGAGACUGACUCCCCCUCAUAUGUGCAGAACAGUAAUUCGCCAAGAGUUGACCCUGCUGGUGAGGCUGAGGCAGAGCGUCUCCUCUCAGCUAUGAAAGGCAUGGACCCUAUCAUGUUGGCCACCAUGCUGGGGGAACUGAGGGAUGACCCGCACAUGGCCCAGGGUAGGCUGGACCCCAGUGGGAUUGCAGGGAUCCUUGACCUGUUGGGAGGUGCACCUGCACCGCAGGAGGAGAAAAAGAAGAGGGUACCAGACAUUGACGAUGAGGAGAAGUUCCUUUAUGGAGAUGAAGAUGAUGUAGAUCGGGGCAGAGCUCCAGCAGAAGCUCCCCGUCAGCACAGUCUGUCAGAGCUCUAUGGUGAUAUUAUGAGUGAGCCGGCACGCUAUGGCGCCUCACCGCACCUAGAGGGCCAUCCUGGUAUUGUCGAUCCGAGAAGCUCUCGUCAGCAACAGGUGGACAUGAGGUAUCGGCAUCAAAGCAGGUCCUCUGCCACCCCUGACCAUAAUAUCAAGGUUGAAGAGCCUAAUGACUACCCACCAGGAACAGGGCCACUGGAAGGGAAGGAGAAGCAAGACGUGGAGGAGUACGAGAAGAUCCAGGACCUCCUCAAAACCAUUGGGUUGGACCUGGGGGUGACGGAGAUCAGCAAGAUGGCUGCCAGGACUCAGGAGCGUCUGCAUGGAAAGAGGCCCCCUCCCAAAAAAAACUCCCGUCGACUUGGCAAGAGGCGGGGUUGCCGUGACUCUUCAGGAAGCUCAGACGGGAGCAGGGGCAGGCGUAGGAGCCACAGUGGGAGCAGCUCUAGCAGUCGUAGCCACAGCCACAGCCCGAGCCGGAGCAGCAGCCGUGAUGACAGCAGGAGCCGGAAGAAGUCACCCCCAUCUGACAGGCACAGCACCCAUGGGAAGAUUCGAGGCGCCAGAGAGGUGAGGACUGAGGACAGUAGCUGGGGGCAAAAGGCUUCACAAGCCCCUGAAACUACUCCAGUGCCACCCGCCCACCCAUCUCUCUCCAUGCCUGCCUACGCCCAAGCCCAGGCGCAUGGUCUGGUACCGCCCAACUAUCCACCUCCUGGCUAUGGGCAGUAUGGGAACUGGCCUUACAUGCCCCAACAGUGGCCCAUGUACCCACCUCCAUCUAUGGGCAUGCCGCCUCAAUCUCCCAUUGAAGAUUUUCCGAACGUCCCGCCUUUUGACAGACCAUACCUUAAAGUCAUCCAGCCAGAGUUGCACCAGGGGGGUGAUCGAAAGGCAUCAUCCAAUAUGGCCCCUCAAGAUAAUGGCAAGGACAGGAGGGUUUUAGAAGAGCGAAAUAAUGAAAGCCAAAAACAAAAGGUUCUUGAAGAACGGGAGAAACUGAGACGAGACAGAGAGAUCCGCAUGAAAAAGAAAGAUUAUCUCAUGAAGGAACUGGAGAGAUUGCGGAAACAGCAAGGGGAGCUUCUGCGCAAAAAGCGGCGUGAAAAGGAUGGCCAUAAGGACCCGUUACUGUCCGAGAUCAGUCGGCUGCAGGAAGAGGUCAUGACUCAGAUUGCUGAGCUCCGCAAAGAGCACGAGGUAGCAGAGAAGAAAAGAUCCGAGCUCGACAAGGUGGCUCUCAUUCUCGGUCUACAACCAACUGACAAGCCCCGGCGAGAGGGUAGGGCUUCUAGGGACCUUGAGCAGCCAACACACCCACCACCUCCAGAGAAGGAGAAGAAAAAGGAGCGUGCGCACAUCCGAGAGAAAUCACCUGUGGCCCAUGCCUCUGCUAAGGCAGCAUCAUCGUCUUCAAGAGCCUCUCCUGGAAAACCGAAGAAGAAAGCCCCCGCCAGUACCCAGCCUCCCGAGACUCCAGCAGACCUGUUUGAAUACUAUGAUGCUGGGAACCACUGGUGCAAAAGCUGCAAUGUCACCUGUGGUUCCAUGUUCGAUUUUUUCACGCACUUGCACAGCAAAUCUCACCGAAAGACUCAGGAUCCUUACAAUCGACCGUGGGCUUCAAGUUCCUCCAACAAUGAGAAGAAUAAGAUUCACUCUUCAGGAGAGAAAAUGACUAAACCUGCUAAAGGAUCUGAGUUUUUGGUGCCAGUGAGGGGAUAUUAUUGCCAGCUGUGCGAGGAGUUUUGCGGGGAUGCGAUUUGCGCUGAAGAUCAUGCCACGGGUCAAUCUCACAAUGAGAAAUACAAGAAACGAAUGUAUGAGUAUCCGCUCUACGAACAGAGAAGGAACCUGGAUCGUCAGGCUGGACUCACGUUGGAAGUUAGUGACAAAAAGCACUCUGAGCUUAAACGUAAACACGAAGAGGAAGAGUCCAAAAAGAGCAAAGAGAAGGAGGAAGGGAAACCUAAACGCAGCAAAAAGGACAAGGAAAAGGAGGAGGAGAAGUCCAAACACAAGAAGGAGGAAGAAGAGAAGGCUAAGCACAGCAAAAAGGAAGAGGAGGAGAAGUUAAAAUAUAACAAGAGGGAGGAUGAGGUGGAGAGGGCCAAGUACAGCAAAAAGGAGGAAGAAGAGAGGUAUUUGUACCGCAAGAGAGAGGAGGAGGAGAGAUACAAACAUGGCAAGGAGGGAGGAGAGAGGCCCAAGUACAGUAAGAAGGAGGAGGAGGAGCGAUACAAGUAUGGCAAUGAGGAGGAGCGGUUCAGAAAUCGCAGGGAAGAGGAAGAGCGGCUCAAAAACCGUAGAGAGGAUGAAGACAGGCCUAGGUUUAGCAGGGUAGAGGAGAGACCCAUGUUUAGUUGGAGGGAUGAUGAGCAGGAGGAAGAGGAAGAGCGGUCCAGAUAUGGUAAGUGGAAAGAGCCCAAUCCCAAAUGCAGCAAGAAAGAGGAGGAGAGGUAUAGAUCAGAGAGGGAGGAAGGGAAACCUAAGAAUGAAAAGGAGGAAAGACAAUCACGGAAAGAGAAGGGUGGGUGUCAAAGGGAGGAAAAGUCAGGAUCUAGAAAGCAGUCUGAGCCUGAGAAGCCCAGUGAGCCUCCAAAAGUGUUCUGUGGGCCUAAUCCAGCAUUGAGAGCAAAGCUGCGCAAGAAAAGUGAGGAAACUGCCAAAGUGGAGCCAAAGGCUCCAUCAACCUUCGGUAAGUUCAGCUGGAAAAAAAAACAAGAGAAUGAGCUUGCGAAGGAGGCAGAGAGAGUGGCUGCUGAGUUCCUGAAGGAAGAUGAGGUUGAAGAGGAUGACGACCCAGAUGCAUUUUCAAAGUCCUUGGCUGCAGCCAAGAACAUUGCUAUCAAACUGUCGGGGAAGACGGUCAUCUCCCCAACUAAUGCAUGGGUACCCUUCAACUCCGGGAAAAUACGCCCAAACCUCCCUGCUCCUUCCAUGGUCCUGAGAAAGCCCUCUGGACUUGGGCCCUGGGUAUAUGCUAAACCGGCCCCUCUCAACACCUUCCUCUCUAUCAGACCACCCGGUGCCAGUGGAGUGACUCCUCUUCCUGUCAUACAGAACCAGCCUAAAAAGGACCCGGUACUGGCAGCAGACAUCAUUUCCAAGGCGUUCUGUGGUGAGGAAGUAGAUUUGAAAAAGUCAGAAGAUGGUACCGAGAAGCCAGAUCCCACUUCUACACCAGACGAAAAGAAAGCUUCCACAACAGAGUAUUUUAGUCAAGGCCCCACAUCCACUCCUUCAGCAGUGAUGCCCGAGUUCAAGACUCCCCUGCCUCCCCUGACCAUGAUGACCAUGAAGUCUGAUGUAUCUGCACCAGGAGUCCCUGAGAGUGAGCAGAAUGUCCCUGUGAUGGUCACACCCCCUCCUUUCAUGCAGAGACCCCCAAGUGAGGUGAUGAACAAAUCAGAAAAGCCCAAGUCUAAUCUAGCUGCCGCAAAAGCCCAAGAUUUAUUUGACAUAUUUUAUAGCAGCAGUACCACAGCCAGUACCACAUCCAUCACCAGCACUGCCACGGCCACUAAAGCGGUCGUAGAGUCCAAAGCUGCAACAAAUGAUUCAAAGAACAGCGAAGCCUUGGAGACUACGGCCCCACAAACAGAGCAAACCCAACCCGAGCUUCCAGCUGUUGACAACAGUAACACAGUUGAAACCAACAAUCAGGAGUCAAUAGAGACUGAGAGUGGGUUUGACCCGCAGGCCACUAAAGCAGUCGUAGAGUCCAAAGCUGCACCGAAUGAAUCAAAGAACAGCGAAGCCUUGGAGACUACGGCCUCACAAAUGGAGCAAACCCAACCCGAGCUCCCAGCUCUUGACAACAGUAACACAGUUGAAACCAACAAUCAGGAGUCAAUAGAGACUGAGAGUGGGUUUGACCCGCAGGCCACUAAAGCAGUCGUAGAGUCCAAAGCUGCACCGAAUGACUCAAAGAACAGCGAAGCCUUGGCCCCACAAACACCACAAACCCGACCCGAGCUCCCAGCUCUUGACAACAGUAACACCGUUGAAACCGACACUCAGGAGUCAAUGGAGACUGAGAUUGGGUUUGACCCGCAGGCCACUAAAGCAGUCGUAGAGUCCAAAGCUGCACCGAAUGACUCAAAGAACAGCGAAGCCUUGGCCCCACAAACACCACAAACCCAACCCGAGCUCCCAGCUCUUGACAACAGUAACACCGUUGAAACCGACACUCAGGGAGUCAAUGGAGACUGAGAUUGGGUUUGACCGCAGGCCACUAAAGCAGUCGUAGAGUCCAAAGCUGCACCGAAUGACUCAAAGAACAGCGAAGCCUUGGCCCCACAAACACCACAAACCCAACCCGAGCUCCCAGCUCUUGACAACAGUAACACCGUUGAAACCGACACUCAGGAGUCAAUGGAGACUGAGAUUGGGUCUGACCCGCAGCCCAAGGAAGAGACUCCUGAGGAUGCCCCCGUACAACUGGAUAACCCAUCAGAUACUUUGGGUUUCUCAACAGAGACCCUGGAUCUCCCUACAGAAGUGCUGGGUUUAGACCUGUUUGAUUUUAAUCUUGAGUAACAAACUCCACUAGACAGCAGGCCGUUGGAGGGGGAUUUUGUUUUUAGGUAGUUGAUGGGAUUAGGGUGUACAUUAGACGGGAACAAGUAGUAACCCACACAAAUACUGCUGAUUCGGAAACUAAGCCCUGUUAACUUGGUGGCCCUAGCAGGCAGCUCAAAUUUGAAUGGAGUGAAACUUCCACUAAAAGACUUGACUUUUGUAUUAAGUGAUGCCUCUUCAGAACUUUAGAAGCUUGUUCUGCAAGCCUUUUGUGUUGAGAAUUAUACUUCUUCAUUCAUCAAAACCUUUCUUUACUUCUUAAAAGGUAAUGUACUGUACCAUGUUUAUUGAUUACUAUGGUUUUUGGUAUAUUCACCUUCAGACUCUUAAGCAAUUUGUUCUUUUCUCUUUAAAUGAUUGAAAGGUAUUUUAAUACAGGAACAAGAGAACUCACGUUUAAGAAGAAAACAGAAUUUGGUAAGGUAGUGCAGCAUGGACCAAAAGAUAUCUGAACAAUGCUUUCUUUGACAAUUGCACAAUGUAAUAUCUGUCACUCUUUACAGCACCCUCCAGAAAAGAAGAUGUGGAUAUAGAUACUCAUUAUUAUUUUUUUAAACUUUCCAUUGGUUCACUGACAGUACUAUGCUCAAUAUUAUUCUGUGUAAGUUAGUGAAAAUGUAAUAAAAAACUGGUUGUCCUUUACCUGUUGUUGCUAAAGUAGAGUUGAAAUAAAUUUCAGUGACCACAA